AGAGAGAGAGAGAGAGAGAGAGAGAGAGAGACGCUGCCAAUGAGAAAAGUUUACUUGUUCUUCCUGCGCGCAGCUGAGGCGCAUCGAUGUGAGCGCAGAGGCUUUCUGUUGUUUUACGCGCACGUCUUUCCUCCCCACACGUCUCUCACUCUCACACGCACACGGAGCACAAAUCCACCCUCUCACCUUUCUAGUUUUAGCGAGCCGUCCUUGUCUGUUCCCCUUUCUUUAUUUUGUCUCCCCCCUUUUUUUCCUCCUUCCGCACCGCCGUUUUCCUCUCCCCCUUUUCUUCUUUUCAUGAAUGAUUCUCUCUCGCAACACUUGCAAGACACCCUCGGACCCCUCUGCGCCCUCGGCCGCGCGCCCUCGCCUCCUCGGCAGCUCCAGACGCCAGCAGGACCCCCCCGGCAGCCUGAGGCGCACUUUGGGGAGGCACCAGUCCACGAGGAGAAGCUUGAUCCUGUGCGCCGCCGCCGCAGCAGCCGCAGCUGGAGCCGCCGACAUGAGCCUGAAAGCCGACGCGGAGCCGAGCAGCAACGUCUCCAUCGAGGAGGAGGUACGAACGCUGUUCGUCAGCGGCCUCCCGGUCGAUAUCAAACCACGGGAGCUUUAUCUUCUCUUCAGACCCUUUAAGGGUUACGAAGGGUCACUGAUUAAGUUAACGUCAAAGCAGCCUGUCGGGUUUGUGACCUUUGACAGUCGCACUGGAGCCGAGGCUGCCAAGAACUCUCUAAACGGAAUCCGUUUUGACCCUGAAAGCCCCCAGACCUUGCGUUUAGAGUUUGCUAAAGCCAACACGAAGAUGGCAAAGAGUAAGUUGAUGGCCACACCGAACCCCACAAAUAUCCACCCUGUUUUAGGAGCUCAUUUCAUUGCACGGGACCCAUAUGACCUGACGGGGGCGGCGCUGAUCCCGGCGUCUCCGGACGCCUGGACGCCGUACCCGCUGUACACCACGGAGCUGACCCCGGGCCUCCCCCACGCCGCCUUCACCUACCCGGCGGCCGCCGCUGCCGCCGCCGCCCUCCACGCCCAGAUGCGCUGGUACCCGACGCCCUCUGACACCUCCCAGCCUGGAUGGAAGUCCCGGCAGUUUUGUUAGAUUAUUUCAGCCUCUGGAAACCGCAGCCUGAAGUGAGGUUUACCAAGCUCUUCAUUAAUUAAUUUAAUCAGGUUUAUUUAAUGGACAAAUGUGCAUUAUUAUAAACUAACAGUAUUUAUAUCGCCUCCCGAUUGUCUCUGGGGGGAUCUGAGUUGAAACCAUCUUGCUGUUGACAAUCUAAGCGUAUCCAUGGCAACUAUUGCGGUACCAUCACUUCAAAUUAAAAGAAUAAAACCUGUUAAAGGAACUUCGUGCAGACGGAGGGGGUGUGGGUCCGCCCCCCCCCCCCCCUUAGAAGCGUUUAGAGUCAUUGCAUGUUAGUCUUUAUGGCAUGAAUUUAGAACGCAGACGUCGGUGUACCCUAAUUUUGUGUUUGUUGCCUCUCUAUGAUUUUAUUUUCGGGCCUAGACGGCGAAGCUGUUUGUUUCCUGUAGAACCUCGUCUUACCUCGUAUCUCGCAUGGACCUCGUGAAUGCGUCCCCACGUUCUAGAAGACGUCCCUCGAUCAGUGUGCGUCCUUGUUUCAGCAAAGCCAAGCACAAGUGCUCCUGUACUUUUGCUUGAUGUAUAUUUAUGCUUUUUUUUUUUUUUUUGUGCAACUUAAAAAAAAAAAAAAAAAAAGAUGAGCCUGUAUAAGUUGAUGUUUAGUCGUGUUUUUCGGUGUGACUUUUUGAUCCUAUAAUCCUGUUGACGUAGUUUUAAAGAAGUGCAAUUUGUUUAAAGGGGAAAUGGGUCGAUGCUCGUGUCAUUCUGCUAAAGUCAGAUUGCUGUAAAACGGAUCUGUCAGAAUGUGAAACUGGACUUCAAAUGUUAAAGGUUGUUUAUUUUCUGGGGGGGGGGUGAGAUGGGAAGCAGGAUCAGAGCAAUGGAGGAAUUUAGUUUGUGGUUUAGAACAUGUUUGUCUUUGUAUCUGCUGUGCAUAAGAUGUAAAAAAAAACAACUAAACUUAUUCCCAUCUUAUGAAUAAUAAAAAAGUGAAUGCA